ACCACGAAAGUCUUGGUCAUCACCCAAACAGCGCCCUACAAAUUCUAGACUAGAUCUAGAUUAGCUAUAGAUCUUACGCUAGAUCUGUAUAGAAAAUUUUCUUUAGUGAAAUCUACUAGUAUCUCACUAUCUGAAGCUAAAUGGCUGUCACUUCCCAAGGCAUAGUGGAUCCAUAUUUAAGACAAGUAAUACCACUUGUAGAAACUUCUUGUAAAACAAUCCAGGAAAUUACAGAUUUAAGCUUGAAUAUGCAGCCACAAAAUCAUGUACUGGAAUGUAUAAAGAAUAUUGAUGACUUUGGUUAUUCCUACAUUGUAGUAGAAACAAUUAUCAGCAAAGCCAGAACUUGCAGACCUUGUGAAGUAACUACCAGUACCACAGGAGAAUUGUUGAAAUUGGAAUUGGCAGCAACAUACACAGAAAAAUUAAAGAAUGUUCUUUUGAAGUAUUUUGUAGCCCACAAGGAUUUAACGCUGAAUGAAAACGUGUCAAGAAAAACCAAGAGGCUUUUGGAUUUGAAGAUUGGUAUAGAUGAUUUUUCUACUACUAUUGAUACCGUACUUGACUUUUACACCCAGGGGUCCAUUGGGUUGAAACUUAAGGAACAUACUCUCCCAAGUGUUGAAGAACUAAAAGAAAUAAAAAGAAAUAUUUGUGCUGUUAAGGAUGAACUCAAGCUUAAUGAAUUGCAUUCUUAUUUCCUAGAUUUUAAAGAUGAUUUAACUAUUUCAGAAUCUCAUAUCUUAUGCCAACUUUUGGGUUUAGAUAACAAAUAUGGGGAUUAUCUUGACUCUCUUGAUGAUAAAAUGUUGGAUCAUGAUAAUGUGUUAUAUUAUAUUUUAAGAUUUUUAAAUGAAAGAUCAAAGGAAUUAGAAUUCGAUUCUGAUGGCACAACAGGUGUUUGUACUGAUUUAGUGAAGUUAGGAUUCACACAGAAAGGCUCUGAUGCAAUAGUUAGAAACAUUCCCCAUGAACUAAUAGCACUACAGAUCCCAUCUUUUUGGGGAGAGAGAUUCCUAGAGUAUGUUUUUAGGAAUCAUCCACUUUUAUGCAAUAUUUCAAGCAAUCGAUUUCCAUUUUCUGACAAAACUAUUGAUUGUUGGUUUGAAGAAAGAAUAUCAACUAGCAAAAGAGAUGAACCUGAUGAAAAUAUCCCAUGGUUUAAUGUUAAAAUGAUGAACUGUUCAUCUCAGAGAAUAGGAACUACAAUGAUUGAAGAAUAUUUAAUGAAAUUACAAGAUGACGACAGGGAAAGUAUGUUCCUAUUUCACGGAACUACUCACCACAGGGCAAAGUCAAUUUUGGAAUGGGGCAUUAGAAUAGGUCAUGGCAAAGAUGGGCUUGAUUUUUCAAGCGGAGACGGGAUAUACUUGUCUGAAAAUUUCAAAGACGCUUACAUGUGGGGCGCAGCCGGCCGUGGAGAUCAUAUUGCAGUGUUAGUCUUUCAAAUUAAAAAAGAUAUGCUAGAUGAAGAAAACAUUCUGAAUUUGACAGAAGACAAAGAAAAGUGGGAGAAAAUAGUCAAGCUGUGCAGAACACAGUAUCGUGACCAAAAAGCUUUUAAAAACCUGUUGAUGGGUAUCAAAUUAAUUAAAGGAUGCAUGAGUGUUAACCCAAAAGCUAUAGCUCAGGGUAAAGAAGUUCCUGAGGGCUAUGGACUAAGUAACAUUCAGAUUUGCGUCAGGGAAACAGAAUUUUCAGUGAAAUUGGGAAGCUUAAACAACAUUUGUUGUAUAAUUUUUUUCUAAAAUGUUAGUUGUCAAUUAUGCCUUUUUUUCUUUUUGUGGAAAUUCAAUGUUUAAUUAAGUUCCUUGAGAAAACAAACUAUUUUAAAUUGUAACUUUUUGUUGUUGUUUGAUAUUCACUACUGGUCUUUUUCAUAUUAGAUGAUAAAUAAUGGUCUACAAUUUAGACCUUUAUGCAAAACUUCCAAGUACAUUUU